UUAUGUAAUGACAAGUUCAUGCAAUUGUGUAAUAAGUGAUUUUGUUUAUAUUGUAGUAUCUACAGUUUAUUCCUAGUGAAUAAAUGAUGUUUACUAGCUGUCUGUGACUCAUUUUUGAACAUGGGACAGCAUACUACAUAUUGUAUAUAUUAUAAAUUUAUAUAUUACAUAUGUACGUAUUGGUUCUUCUGACUGUUAAACUAAACCAGGCGGAUAUAUUUCAAUUAUAUAAUUCGACUAUGCUGUCAGUGAUUGUAUUGGUGGUAGUGUUGGCGAUUUCCCAGGCUUAUGAUAACAUCGCCCUCAACAAAUCAACAUACCAGCAGUCCCCAUACAAACCAGGUGACGACACGUAUGACGCCAGUAACGCUGUGGACGGACGUAAAUCUGACUUAAGCUGGGGCGGCGGUCAAUGUGCAGCAUCAUUGCAUUCAACAACAGCUAUCUGGUGGGUGAACCUGACCACCAUUCAUAGCAUCCAUCACAUUACUAUAUACUUCAGAACGGACAACGAAGGUUUCUGGUACUGGAAGAAUCUUGCAGGCUAUUAUCUUGGAUUCUCUGUGUAUAUCUCCGAUACUACUGAUAUAGCACGGGGAACGUUGUGUUUCAAGGACAACAACUUCACAAUAAACACAAUACCUCCUGUCUUUACAACAAACUGUUUUGUUCAUGGACAAUAUGUCAUAUACUAUAACGAGAGACUACCAGAAGUUGCCUACCCUGACGCUUACAAAGAUGAUAUAGCUAUUAACCUCUGUGAAGUAGAGGUAUAUGGAUGCCAUAAAACAGGAUAUUACACAUCGAACUGUUCAAUUCCCUGUCCAGACGUUUACUGUCAGCACUGUCACAUAGAGAAGGGAGCCUGUCAGGGCUGUAAACCUGGGCAGCAAUGUGAAUUAGAAUGUGACAGAGGUUUUUUUGGCAUUGGAUGCAAUGAAAAAUGUGGUCACUGUCGUGAUGAAUACCAAUGCUCCAAUGAAACCGGGGUUUGCUUGACCGGGUGUGGUGCUGGUUAUAAAGGGGACUUGUGUAAAACACGAUGUGACAAAGGAUCUUAUGGCGUUGGAUGUAAUGAAACAUGUGGACACUGUCGUGAUCUGAACCAAUGCUCCAAUGUCAAUGGAAGUUGCUUAACCGGGUGUGGGACUGGUUAUCAAGGAGAUUUAUGUAAACCACAUGGAAAAUCCAGAGUCACAAUUUUUCAACGAACUGUUCAAAAACCCUCCGAGGAGAAAGAUUCUACCGGCCAUAUUUCUAAGUACCUCGUUGAUAUCGGAACAUUAAGGGCAACAAUCAAAACACGGAACACUUAUUAAUAUGUUAAAGCAUGUAUCUAUGCUGAUAUUCAGCAACUUUUGAUGAAGCAGUUGUAUGGUUAAAAAAUGUUAACUCUACAAAUGAUCAUAACACUGUUUUGUAUGACCAUAAGAGCUAUUUGUUAAUAGGUCCAUAAUAAUGCCUAAGUUCAUUCGAAACCAACCUCAAUAGGUGACUGGUGUUUCCUGUUUACCAAUACGUUAUAUCUACAAAUAUCAUUCCCCCUGAUACGUGAUGAAAAUCAUUUUAAAAAAAUAUCUAUAAAAGCUUUCUAUAGAUAUUUUUAAAUGAUUUUUAUUCUUAAAUUCUGAAUGGGAUGUACUUUUAUAUACAUGUACAUGUACUUAUUUUCGUGAAUCGAAACGCGGGAAAAAAAGAUUUUUUUUUUUGCCAAAAAUAUAUAUAAAUGGAGGUUACAAUUAAAUUGUUCAUGAAAUAAUUAUGUUUGAAUUAUAUGUAUUUACUGUGAUAUUCCAUUAUAUUAGUUUUCAUUGUCUCUGUCGUUGAUGUUUUAUCAUUUAAUACUGAUUGUCCAUUGAUUCGCUUUUCUUGACAUAGGUUGCAAAACAAUGACAUAUGUAAAUAUUUUGAUUAAUUUUAUUCAGGUCACAUUUUACAACAUUGCAUUUCAAUAUUGUUUUUGAUGUAUUCAUUCAAUACAAUAAUUUUCUAUUUCGUUUCUGUAAAAAGAAAAUAAACCCUCUAGCAUACUUAAUUAAUAUAUUUGAAACAACCACCAAACUGUGUUCAUUUUAAUACAGUCAGUCAAUGAUGAGUAGGUAAUUAACAGCUCUAUUACUGUUAAGGAGAUCGACGGGUUGAAAAGGUAAAAGCUAUGAUAAGAAGCAGCUUGUUACAUGUAAUACAGAGGAAAAUAAUUUGGAUAAUAUUACUCAAAUGGGAUGAAACGGCACUGACUCUUGACAUGCGUUGUCGUUUUUAGUUCAGAUGGAGAAACAAAUUUUAAUUUUUUAAAAGAAAGAUUAAUGGGUGCAGAAUUGUAUUGUAACUUGCUUCAAGGGACACAGACACGAUUUUGGUUGAUCUUUGUUUUUUCUAUUCUUUUUUUAUUUACAAUGUUUAAGUAAUGCAUUUCUUAUAAUCAAACAAAAUUUAGAAUGUCACUCCAAGAGUUACAAACAAGAUAGAUAGCUUACAAUUCUUUGUUAUUUAAACAAGGCUUGUGCAAGGUUUAUAUUUACAAUUGUUCAAUAUACCGGUAGAAGCUCUUCUUUGAGCUGAAUUUUUCUAUCUGCUACAAUGAUAGAUACAUUUUGUGGAUGCAUCUUAUCUGUUUAAAACACUCAUCUCAUCAUUUAUAAAUUCUAAAAAUAUGUAGGAUUUGUGGUAUAGCUUGAAUUAAUUAAACUGUCAAGUGUCGCUUAGAGUAGCCUUUUUCUAGGCUAUUUCCGCCGUUAUCAGCUGUUUGUCGACACAAAUGUGUCCAACUGCAGAGGCAGUCUCUGUUGCUUUACAAAUAUAGUAUUGUCAUUUGAGUAUCACAGUGAUAAUUGUGUUCAAACUAUCCACAUACAUGGAACAGACAAUUUGACUCUACAUAUUGACAUAUUGUCUCAUAUUGAAAACAAAUAUACCUUCUAUAUAAAAGUACACAGCGUCUGGUGCCUGUGAUUUUAAGAUUACUUUUUAUGUCAGAUUAAUAUGCUUUCUUUCAAAACUCCGUCCAACUUAUCACAUAAAUUGAUGUUAACUGAAACUAAUCACAAGGCUAAAUGGUACCUGAAAAUGACUUACUGAUAACUGAAAAAUAACUGAAUGGUGACUGAAACAUGAUUGAAAGGUGUCUGAAACAUAAUUGAAUGAUGGCUGACUGAUUGGUAACCGAAAAAUUACUGAAUGGUGUCUGAAUCAUGAUUGAAUGGUCACCGAUUUUUUUUUUUGGCAAUUCAGUCAACUGAACCUUAGCUAAAGUUUCGCUCAAGGCUAAUGGAAAAUCACCUUGCUAGUGUUUAUUUUCUUACAAGUUAUGUACCAUACAGGUACCAUUAGGUCAACCGAAAGGUCAGAUUUCAUACUGUAUCUUUUUCAAAACAAAAUCUAAUAGACAAAAUCUAACGUCUGAAAUCAAGAAACACAAAGAAUGUUGCAAUUCAAAAAAUGCUAACAAGUGUUUACAGAGCUGUUUUUUAUUAAACUAAGGAUUAAUUGUAAGAGUUCGGUGGACAAACGCUGAUACAUGCAGCCAAGGUAUCAAAUUUGUUUGCAUUUUCGCAGCAUCCUCCGUAGAAAAAAGUCUCGCAUCGCGUAGUUCUUCCGUUAAAAUGAUAA